AUGCAUACCUCGUUCUUUCUUCUCACCGUGUGCGUCGUCGUCACCGUCGUUCAUGCUGUAUUUCUUGUCCGUCCGUUCCUGAACGGCCGUAUUCCGACAACUUUCGGGCUACCUCGACAUAACUUCUGGCCGUAUAUACCAAUCAUCCCUCCAGUGAAGGACAACAAAACGUACUAUGGACUCCCAAAACACAACUUCUGGCCCUGGAUCCCAGUUGUACCCCCAGAGGACGAGGAGACGCCGGUCACCCCGCCAGGACCUACCCCGCCUUGGCCUGACCCUGAAGGAGUGAGUGUCUCCACGUCUGUUCCAGGCUACAACUAUGGAGAGGCUAUGUAUAAAUCUAUUCUCUUCUACGAGGCUCAGAGGUCAGGGUACCUCCCUGACAACAACCGAAUCACGUGGAGGGGCAACUCGGCCACGGAUGACAGGGGGAUGUUUGGAGAGGACCUCAGCGGAGGCUGGUAUGACGCUGGCGACUACGUUAAGUUUGGGCACCCGAUGGCGGGGGCGACGACGAUGUUGCUGUGGGGGUUCCUGGAGUUCAAGGAGGCGUACGAGGGAACGGGUCUCCUGGAGGACAUGUACGACUGUGUCAAGUGGCCACUUGAUUACUUCCAGAAAGCUCACCCCACCAAGUAUGAGUUCUAUGCCCAGGUAGGUGACCCGUAUGUAGACCACAGCUUCUGGGGAAGACCGGAAGACAUGGACAUGUACAGACCGUCGUAUCGCUUGACCCCGGAACGGCCCGGAAGUGACGUCAUUGGAGAAACGGCGGCUGCGUUGGCUGCUGGAUUUGUUGCGUUUAAACCAAGAGACCCUGUCUAUGCGGCGGAACUACUUCGUCACGCGGAGGAACUUUUCGACUUUGCUGAGCGAUAUCGAGGAAAGUACAGUGACAGCAUCCCUAUCGUGGAGGAAUUCUACUCGUCGUCCGGCUACCGUGACGAGUUGACGUGGGCGGCAGCAUGGCUAUACCGCGCCACCGGCUUGAGGAAGUACCUCGUGGCGGCCGAGCGGAACUACGAUCGGGGAAGCUGGGCCCAGUCAUGGGAUGAAAAGACGGCAGGGGCCACGGUGUUGCUCUACAAGCUGACGAAGCAGCGACGGUACCGACUGGAGAUCGAGGACUUCAUGAGGGACUGGCUCCCUGGGGGGGCCGUCGACUAUACCCCCAAAGGACUGGCGUUCAGGCAGAGAUGGGGAUCCCUCAGAUACUCCGCCAACAUGGCUACCGUUGCCCUGGCAGCAGCCAACCUAGGCAUCAAGCCAGACCUGUACCGGAAUUGGGCUAAGGACCAGAUUCACUACAUGCUGGGAGGGGGCAGGAGCUACGUCAUCGGCUUCGGCUUCAAUCCCCCGACACGACCACAUCAUGCUUCCAGCUCAUGCGACCCUAGUCCCUGGCCUUGCACCUGGUCGGACUUCUCUAAAUCAGAACCCAACACCCACACGCUGUAUGGAGCUCUGGUGGGAGGGCCGGAUAUCUACGACAACUUCGUUGACGACAGAGCCGACUACAUCCACAACGAAGUCACCACGGACUACAACGCAGGUUUCCAGUCGGCCGUGGCGGGUCUGAAGGUACUGGAGAUCCGGAAACGAGCCGCAGAGGGCAAAGCGACGAUCAGAUUAACCACCCCCACACUAGCAGAGAUACGAUCAGUUGAAAAGCACAGUCAGCCGCUUGUUCGACUUAUCAGAACUUCGAAAUAGCAAACGUCCAUAUUCGGAAGAUCUGAAAGCGCGCAAUGUUCAAUAUCCGAUCUUCGACUUGUAGGAACACGUUGUCGUGUAAUGUGUAGAUUGAGAAGGAACCUUUAGAUGUUGUACAUUUAGCUGUAUAUAAUACACGAUGACACUACAGAGAUGAGCGGAACUGGAGUAUGGGAAGCGCCUGUAAAAUAUGUUGUACAUCUCAU